AUGAAAAGUUUAAAUUACCGAUUUCCUCAUUCAAGGCAAGAUUCUGGAUAAAUGAAUAUAGCUAGAUCAUAAUUACCUUAAGGCUAAUAAGUGAUUAAUGUGUUGAAUAACCGCUCAAAUGAAUAGAAUUGUGAUAGAUCACCUGCUCCAAUGGUACAUGGUUUGCAAAAAUUUGCAGUACCAUCUAGCUAAUAAUCAUCAGCAAAUCAUUCGAAGAAGUCUUCGAUUUCAAAAUAAUAGUAACCAAAAUAAAUUGGUUUUCUUAACUACUUGAUUCUUAAGGAUAAAUCCUAAAUAAUACAAGAUGAAGAAAAAGAAAAUAUUAAUGAGCCUUUAGUAUAAAAGAACAUGUUUAAUUUUUAAUUUGUAAUUGGGAUUGGUGGAUUUGGCAAGGUUUGGAAGGUGGAGUAUAAGAAGACUGGUUAGAUCUAUGCGAUGAAGGAAAUGUCAAAAGCUUUGAUUAUAGCGAAAAAAAGUGUUAAUUCAGUUAUGAAUGAAAGAAACAUUCUAAGUAAUCUAAAGCAUCCAUUUUUAGUUAAUAUAUAUUAUGCAUUUUAAGACCGGGAAAACCUUUUCUUGGUGUUGGAUUAUAUGCAGGGGGGAGAUCUGAGAUAUCAUAUUGGAAAAAUGAGAAGAUUCUCGGAGGAUCAAACAAGAUUUUUUAUGGCUUGCAUAUUUUUAGGAUUAGAAUACAUGCAUUCUAAGAAUAGUCUUCAUAGGGAUAUCAAGCCUGAAAACUUGGUGCUUGAUAAAAAUGGUUAUAUUAGAAUAACUGAUCUUGGGAUAGCCAGAAUUUUAAGGCCUGAUAAUUCAUAAGACACUUCAGGAACUCCAGGAUACAUGGCACCUGAAGUCAUGUGUAGAUAGAACCAUUCUUUUGCUGUAGAUUACUUUGCUUUGGGAGUCAUUGGUUAUGAGUUUAUGUUAGGAAGAAGACCUUACACUGGAAGAUCACGAAAGGAAAUUAGAGAUUAGAUUCUGGCCAAAUAGGUCCAAAUAAAAAGAUCUGAGAUUCCUGAUAAUUGGUCAUUAGAAUCUGCAGAUUUUAUAAAUAGACUAAUAUAACGAAAGCCUGCAAAUCGAUUAGGAUUUAAUGGUCCUCAUGAACUGAGACAACACUCCUGGUUUAAGAAUUUUCCAUGGUAGAAAUUAAUGAAUAAGGAAUUGAAAUCUCCUUAUAUCCCCAAUUAAAAUGAGGAUAAUUUUGAUGCUAGAUAAAUUUCGAUUGAGGAUGAUGAAAACAAUGAGCUUAUUCAAUAGCAUUCAAUAAUGCUAAGGAGAAAUUCGAUAUAAUCUUAAUUUUCUGGAUAUGAAAUGGAUAAUUUUAGUGAUAAACAGAACACAUAGUUUAAUAAUUUUUGA